GUUUAGUUGGAAUUGUCUGGUUUAUUUUAUGGAUGUGGAUAGUCAGUGAUACACCAGAAACUCACAAGACGAUCUCCCACUAUGAAAAGGAAUACAUUGUUUCAUCAUUAAAAAAUCAGCUUUCUUCACAGAAGGUAGUGCCAUGGGUGUCCAUCUUGAAGUCACUGCCACUUUGGGCAAUUGUAGUAGCACAUUUUUCCUACAACUGGACCUUUUACACUCUAUUGACGUUGUUGCCUACAUAUAUGAAAGAAAUCCUAAGGUUCAAUGUUCAAGAGAACGGGUUUUUAUCUGCAUUGCCCUAUUUUGGCUGUUGGUUAUGCAUGAUUGUCUGUGGUCAAGCCGCUGAUUAUUUAAGAGUCAAGUGGAAUUUCUCAACCAUAAGCGUUCGGCGAAUUUUUUCCCUCAUAGGAAUGGUUGGCCCUGCAGUUUUCCUAGUCGCGGCUGGAUUUAUAGGCUGUGACUAUUCUUUGGCUGUUGCGUUCCUAACCAUAUCCACGACGCUGGGAGGCUUCGCCUCUUCUGGAUUUAGCAUCAACCAUCUGGAUAUCGCCCCUUCGUGAGUACAAGCCCAGAGGUGUGCUGGGAAUGGCUACA